AAGCUUUAUAAAACCCUUGUUUUUCUUAUUCCCACCCAUUAGUGUCCAUCCUCGCUCGUCUUCAGACCAUCCUCUUCGUCUCCGAUUGUGAAUUGCUGAACUUUUCUUGUUCGUUCGUUCCUUUCUUCAGUCAUCCCUGCUCAAAGAUGCAGCAGGACUCUUUUCUUUUCCUCCUCUGCAGAAUCGUUUCAAUGACACAUUACGUCAAGCUAUGCGAACAAGAAUUAAUGAUAUCGUACAACGGAAGAGACCUACUCUGACGAAUCCUACUACAAGUAUCCAAAAGUUUCUCUCUGAGUACAUAAACUAUCUAGAGUCUAACCUAAUGAACUCGGCCAACUCAGAGGAGGAGUACUCGAAUCCACGUGAUCUUGAAGUCCGCAUACAUUACAUUGAGAAGAAGUUCAGAGAACACCGUGCUAUGAGAGUUUCACAUGGACUCAGCGCGCUUCCUGACGCUUUGAUAACUCAUAUACUCUCAUUCCUUCCUACCAAAGAUUCUAUAAAGACAAGCUUUAUAUCGAAGAGAUUUAGAGAUCUAUGGCUUCAGGUCCCAGGACUAGAUAUAAACUCCCAUGUACCCCCCGUCAUCAAGAAGUUCAUCUCCAGGUUUCUCGAGAUCAACCGUGGCUUGUGUCUGCAGAAGCUCAAGAUAACGUCCGACGGGCGCAGUGCUUAUCACCAUGGGACCAGGGAGUUCAUCGCCGGAGUGAUUAACCGACGUGGAGUUCAACAACUAGACGUUGCAACACUCGAGCGUCCUCUCACCAAAGAGCUUAUGCCUGUUGACAUUUACAAGAGCAACACUUUGGUUUCUCUGAAGCUAGCAAACGUACGAAUGCCGAAUCCUCCCGAGUUUGUUGUUUCUCUGCCUUGUCUCAAGACCAUGCAUCUUGAAGACAUUAUCACCCAAGAUCCUUUGAUCAUAGAGAAGCUCGUCUCUGGCUGUCCUGUCCUCGAAGAUCUGACGGUUUUUAGGGUUUUUGAUGACAAUGUACCUGUUCUACGUGUGAGAUCUCACUGUCUUAAGAGGUUUUGUGUGAAGUUUGGCCGCGAGAGAAUGAUUCCUGGUAAAGAGUAUGCGGUCGAGAUUGAUGCUCCGGGGCUCAAGUAUAUGAACUUCAGAGAUAAUCUAUCUGAUAGAGUUGUGGCGAAGAAUCUGAGUUCCUUGUUCAAGAUCGACAUUGAUACACAGUUCAGUCUUGGUAUUACCACUACUAGUACCUUGCAGAUGAAGAAAGCUAAUAUCAGUGAUUUUCUAAAAGAUGUAUCUACUGUAAGACAUAUGAUCAUCUCUCAGCCUACAAUCGAGGUCCUUUAUUCUUGGAUGAAUCAUGGACCGUUCACCAAAUUUCUCAACUUAACUCGUUUAGAGGCUUCCUUCUGCACACUCUUAUUACAAAAAUUGACACAUUUUCUUGAAGGUUUCCCGAAGCUGAAACACCUCACAUUGUACUUGCUUUAUUUGAAGGACUUAGAACCGGAGAACCUUGAACUUACCGUUGUGCCUCGGUGCUUACUAUAUACUCUUGAGUGUGUUGAGAUUAAAGAAGGGGCCACGGUGGAGAAAGCUGGGAAGAAAAGAGCGAGGUACAGCAAGAGAACUAAAGUAUCGAAACACAAGAAGAAGAUUUGGACUGAAAUAGUGAGGUAUAUCCUUGAGAACUCGCUAGUCCUCAAGAAACUCGUUUUGUGUUUCUCUCCUGUGACCAACAGCGUCUUAGAUAUCUCAGAGGCGCUUCCUACAUUCACAAUACGUUCUCCCCGAUGUGAAAUCUUCAGUCAUCUGACUUCUCUCUGAAUAUCUGUUUAGGAAUAAUGUCUUUUGUUACGGAUUUG